AUGUCAUUCAACAAUACUAAUACCGACAUCUUAAUUGCUGGUGCAUUUGCAGCAUUUGCAGUCGACCUCUUGGUGUACCCUCUAGACACCAUCAAGACUCGACUACAAUCACCGAACUAUAAGCGAUUAUACACCAACCCCUCGACCAGCGCUGUCAAUCGCUCGCUCUUCCGUGGCUUGUACCAAGGCAUAGGCAGCGUCAUCUUGGCCACAAUACCAUCUUCAGGAGCCUUCUUCACCACCUACGAAGGCACGAAAUCCAUUCUAGGCCACACUUCCCUCCCAACCCCCAUAACUCACUCGGUCGCUUCCUCAGCGGGAGAGCUAGUAUCAUGCUUCAUCCUUACGCCCGCCGAAGUCCUCAAGCAAAAUGCUCAGAUGGUCUCCCAUUCCCCACGCUCGCCAUCAUCCAACAAGAUCUUCGACGGCAACGCCACUAUACGUGCCUUGAGAAAAUUCAAUAGCCCGACUCAGCUAUGGAGAGGUUACACAGCGCUCGCAGGCCGCAAUCUUCCCUUCACAGCUAUGCAAUUUCCCAUGUUCGAACAUCUUCGCACUUCUAUACAUGCCUACCGGAAGCGAAGAGGCAUAGCGACGGGUUCGAUGUGGGAGACGGCCCUUGUGACAGCUAUCUCGGCGGGCUCAGCAGGCUCGGUAGCUGCAGUAAUAACCACGCCGAUUGACGUUGUCAAAACGAGGAUUAUGCUCAGCGCUGCUGACAGCGACCAGCCAAGAGGUGAAGCGCAGCAAAAAAUUGUGAAGGAGAUUGAAGCGCAGGGAAGAGAUGCAAAGGCGGAGAUUGAAAAGGCACAGCAGGCUGCAAGAGGUGGGAGAGCGGGUGGACUGGCUGUGGGAAGGGAGAUAUUGAGGACGGAAGGCGUGAAGGGGCUGUUUAGAGGAGGUGCUCUGAGAGGUCUAUGGACGGCCUUGGGAUCUGGACUCUACCUGGGUGUAUAUGAGAGUGGCAGAAGAUAUCUCGAGGGACGAAGAGUUGAAGCCAGCUGA